AUGUCAUCACCUCCUGUACGUUUCCUCUCCAAUUUUCUCUCAAAAUCCCCACAAGGUCUCUCUCCUCUCGCCACAAGUCCUACUCAUCGAACGAACAAUACCAUCACUCCAUUUGUAUCUUCCUCCAACUCAUCCUCUGCACUCACUUCAAGUACUACUUAUUCGCAUCAUCUCAUACUUUCAAGUACCCCUCUCUAUACAUUGAACGACCUUCCCGAUGAUGUCUAUUUUCUCAUUGCUUCCUUUCUCAUCCCACGAGUUCCACAAUUAUGUGAUUCCAACGUUCGUCUCAAUAUUGGCAUCAUGAUCAACCUCUCAAGUAUUAGUAUGCAUUGGAGAGAGUGGGCAGAGACCAUCACGGUACAACAAAACUUUUGGAGAGAUUUUCUCUUUCAAGAAAUGAUUCGUAGAAAUAUUCGUUUGAGUUUGGUUCAUGCUUCGACGUUUUUCCAAAAUUCUUCUUCUGCAAAUAAUACAACAAGUUCGAAUAGUAACAGCAGCAGCAAUAGCGGAGUGAAGAGAAAGAAUUCAGUGUUGGAGGAUGUGAUUCGUCGUGAGAAGGAACUCCGAUUGGAUUACAUGAUGAAUGGUGGAUUGAAGAAUGGAUCGUAUUAUGAGGCGGAGGUUUUGAAUGAUGAUGUUGGCGAUGACGAUGAUGAUGAUUAUUUUGCAGAUGAUGUGGGAGGUGUGGUGGGUGGAUUUAAUGAUAUGAAUUCCUUGUUGCGAAGAGGUGAUUAUUUGUCUUACACAAGUGGGGACCUGCAACCACACAAAGAAUUCUUCUUAAAAUUGCCAUACAAUACCAAUUGUGUUACGUGGGGAGCGUCGACCGAUUAUGAUUCAGAAAUCAUCAUAUCAAGUCCAAUAGGCUACAACAGAGAAAUGAACUGCCACUUUGGAUUAGUAUUUGGCCGUACUGUCAAACGAGUUACAUUUCAGAAUUUGAAAAUAGAAGGAGCACGGAUAUACGGCAGCAGUUUCAUAAAUAGUACUGUAAAAGUCAAAUUAAUUAAUGGUGUGGGUUCAUCUAUUGAAAUUUUUGAUAGCUUGGUGACAACAUCAGGCAUGUCUUUCGAGGAGAUAGAACAAUUCUCCAUUCGAAAUACAAAGUUUAUAGAUUCUUGGCUUGCAUGUGAAAAUUGUGAAAGUGUUGAAAUAGACAAUGUACAAGUCUCAGGAAUGAAUAACGAAGCAGGAAUAUCUUUUAUUACCAAUGCAAAUACUAUUCAAGUUUUUAACUCAAUAUUUUCCUCCCCACUUUCUGUAGAUACUGUAAAUACCAUGCAUGUUUCAGACUCUAUUUUUGAGUUUAGCCCUUUCUUGGAUAGAAUUGACGACAAGAGGCCUGAUAGUAAUCUGUGGAUUAGUUUGGUUUUUAAUUGUACAAUUACACGAUCGAAAAUUCGAAAUAGUCAUGAUUUUCCAGCUGUAAGAUUCCAGCUCAUUGGAGAACUUCAUUUAUAUGACAUAGAAGUCACGAACAACAGCUGUGUGAAUUGCAUGCAACGUCAGGAAAUAAUUUUUUUAAAGUCAUGCAGUGAGGCAAGAAUAACGAAUAGCUUAUUCACAAACAAUGCAGCUGGAAAGACAGGAGUUCUUUCGGCUGAACAUAGCAGAGUGUACUUUUCUUCAUGUUUAUUCGAAAACAACACCUCUCUGCAAGAUGGAGCAGCUAUUGUCGCUACUUAUACGACUGUAAAAAUUGAAGACAGCGUUUUUCGAAAUAAUGUUGCCAUGACUGGGAACGGAGGCGCUAUUUAUUUGCAUGACCGUAUUAUUCAAUCAAGCUCAAUACCUACGUCAUUGCAGAUACUCAAUACAAUUUUAUCAAAGAACCAUGCUCUCAAUGGAAAAGGUGGAGCUGUAUACUCGAAUGGAGCUACUAUCUACAUGUUCGACACGCUUUUCUCAAACAAUUCUGCAUUAAUUUCAGGAGGUGCUGUCUCUUCUGACUUGUCACCUCGCUCCAUCAUAUUUUCUUGCCAAUUUCUACAUAAUACAGUGUUGACUUCAAUUGCUGCUCAAAAUGUGUCAGAUGGUUGGGGAGGAGCACUGAUUUCCAUGAAUGUUGUGGAACCUCUCAGUGUGGAACGGAGCGUUUUUGAGAACAAUGUUGCUUUGUUUGGUGGAGCCAUUUCUUGUGAGGCCUCAACUUCUAUUAUUGAGACAAAAAUCCAAAAUAAUAUUGCACAUUUCGGGGGUGGAGGAAUUUUUUUAACCUCUCGUGGUGAUCUCAGGUUCUUUGAAAGAGAAAUAGGGAAGAGCUACAAAAACAAUAGCGCUUUGUUAUACGGUCACAACGUUGGAAGCCCAGUAACCCAAUUUAGUAUACAGACUGAAGAAUGUGGAAGCUCUAGCGAUGCACCUUCCAAGUCAGCUGUUUAUUUUGGAGAAGAUUUUUGUAUUCGAUUCUAUGGUCUGAAAGAUGUGUGGGGAAAUUCUGUUCCAAUGCUAAUGGAGAAUGUUAAAGUCCUUUCACUUGAGCAGCAAGUAUUACUAGUGACGCCACUUACGAGCAGCGGUAAUGUUCUCAGUUCAAAGCUGAAACUUGUGCAAAAUAGCAAAUUCGAUUCCAUUCAACGAUUCAGAGUGGAGACAUAUCUUGUUUCAACAGAAUUUUCAUUGACCAUUCGAGAUUGUCCAACAGAUUGGAUCAUUGAAAAUGGAAUAUGUACUCAAGGAAUUCGAUUUUCAUUGAUUAUUCCACUUGUAAUUUUUGGAGGAAUUUCAGCCAUGUUGUUGAGUUUUGUGCUUGGAAUUUUCAUGUCUUUUCAUUUUGUGAAAUUAUUGAUUUGGUUGAGAAAAAUUUACAAAAGAGAACGAGUUGAGAAAGAUAUUGAAAAGAAAUUGUUGGAUUAUGAUUUUGGAAAUUUAACAAAUGAAGGAAUAUUGACAACAAACCAUUCUCUUCAUCAUGACCAUGACUCUUCACAACAUCAACAAGGUGAUUAUUAUGAACUUGAAACUUGUUCUGAUAUUCACUCACUCAGCAACAAGAAGAAGAAACACUUGCCAUUGUUAUCAUCAUUUUCAAAGAAUAGUUCAUCAAAUGCACUCUCAUUGAUCAUUCCAUCAAGUGAAUUGAAAUUUGAAAAAAAAAUUGGUGAAGGAGCCUCUGGAUCAGUUUAUUUGGCUCAAUGGAAUUCAAAUCGAGUUGCAGUGAAAACAUUAUCACGAGAUGAUGACUAUUCAAGUAUGGAUGAAUUUGAAAAAGAAAUUACAGUUCUCAUCCAGUUGAGACAUCCAAAUAUCAUUAAUUUUUAUGGAAUUUUCAUUUCAGAAUUCAAGAAAUAUAUGGUUGUUGAAUAUUUACAAGGUGGAAGUUUGGAUAAUUUGAUCAAGAAAAUGAAGAAUCAAAAUGUUAUCAUUUCAAUGAAAGAGAAAAUGAAAAUAUUGAUUGGAAUUGCCUCUGGAAUGAAAUAUUUACACAAUUUACAACCUGCCAUCAUUCAUCGAGAUUUGAAACCAGGAAAUAUUUUAUUGACAUCGGAUUACACAGCAAAAAUUGCAGAUUUUGGUCUCUCAAAAACUAUUUCAAUGAAUACUUGUAAUUCAUUGACGACCAACAUUGGAACUCUAUUUUACAUGGCUCCUGAAUUACUUUUAGGAACAGAUAUUUCAAGUGAAAAUGUUCAAGAAUAUGCCACAAAAACAGAUGUUUUCAGUUUCUCAAUCAUCAUGUGGGAAUUAUUGUUUGAAGAAAAUCCUUAUCACAAUGAUGAUUCACAAAAGAUUCAUUUCUUUUCAAAUCAACAUGACAGGAACAAGAAUGGAUCCAACAAUUCAAGAAAACAUGUGAAUUCACUCAAUUUCUUGUCACUCAUUUUGAAAGAAGGCAAUAGACCAAUCAUUCCUUUCAAAUCAAAUUCAAACAAUCAUUCUCAUCAUCAUCACGAUGAAAAUACUGCUAUGAAUUCAUCUGUAAACGACAACAACAACAAUAAUAUCACUUGGCAAAUGGAGGAUGAAACGGAAAUGAAAAUUUGGUGUGAGAAAUUCCUUCAAAAUUCAUCUCCUCCAUUUUUAUCAUUCAUGAAAGGAUACAUUUCAUUGAUGGAAGAAUGUUGGAAUGAAGAUCCUCUUCAAAGACCUGGUUUCAAUCGAAUUUUGGAAAUUCUCUACACUCUCAACAAUUUCUCUAACUAUUAA